GCAGCCCGACCUCACCGCUAAGACCAAACCCCGUCCCUUUAGUUCCACACACACAUAGGGUUUAAGAGAGAGACCCUCAUUUGCUGUUCGUUAGGGCUUGGUCGAAACUUCCAACGAUUCAGCUUGACGGAUGGCUUUUUGGGGAAUUGAAGUUAAACCCGGUAAACCGUUCACUCAUUUGUUUGAUAGGGUGAGAGGAAAACUUCACAUUUCCCAGGCGACAUUGGGAAUCAGUUCCUCGACAAAGAAGAGUUUAGUUCAGUGUAAUAUAGGAGAUAAGAGCCCUGUUUUUCUAUGCGCUUUGUUGCCUGAUAAGACUGAGUCUUGCCAUUUGGAUUUGGAAUUUGAGGAGGCUGAUGAAGUUCUUUUCUCAGUUAUUGGUCCUCGAAGUGUUCACCUCACUGGUUACUAUGUGGGAAAUAGCCGGCAUUCAAAUCUAAAUGAUGAUACAGAUUCCUAUGGGCAGGAUAUUGCAAACACUGAGACAGAGGAAUCUAAUCAUCGCAGUGAUGAAGAUGAAUACGACGAUAGUUUUAUUGAUGAUAGUGAUCCAAAAGUUUUCCCACAUUCGCCCGUUUCAAGUGACGGAGUUGUUGAUGAGGAGAUGCUGGAUAACAAGAAGCCAAAGGACAGGAAAGGCGGCCGUAAACGACUUAAGAAGAAAUACCAGUCUGUUUUGUCAGAUGAUGACAGUAGUUUUUUGCAGGAAAAAAUUGGCAAUGCUAGUAGGAAUGUUCCAGGACCAGAAAGAGAAGGGGAAGACAAUUGCCCCAUUUCAUCUCUAUACAAGUGUAAAUCAACUGAGACAAAUGUGAUAUUGAAAGCAGAAGAAAAGGCUGACAGGGUAAUAGGUGAGACGGGCAACAAGACAGAAAACAAUGGCACAUGUGCAAAGACUGAAGAUGAUGGCACUCCUGUCAUUGAAUCAAAAGGAAAACCUAAUGUUGUUAUAGAUGGUGAGCCAGAAAGGGGAAGGGACCCGCAAUACAGUUCUAUGCAGCCAUGUGAUGAAGUGAGCCCUGAGAAUGACCCAGAGCCAAAGAAGAAAAAACAAGAACACAGUGAGGGAAAAACUCUUGAAACUGGUAGUAUUAAUUUUAGCAAUGCGUUCAAUGAGGAUAAAAUGCAGCACGAAGAGGGAAACGCUGAGAGUAACAGCCAGUAUCUGCUUGUUAGAAAUGAACAAGAUGAGAAGCUAGCCACUGAUAAAGGAUCAAACCUGACAUAUAAUUUUUUGUCCAAUUCUACUGAAUUGGGCACUGGAAUCUGUACAAAGCCUAAGAAGAAAAGGAAAGAACGAUCUGAGGGAAAAACUCUGGAGUCUGAUAGUUCUAGACAUUGCAGUGCCCUUGAAGAGGAUAAAACCCAUCAAGAUGAAGCGGUGGGUACUACCACGGACCAUGAGCUUGUGAGAAAUAAGAACAAACUGAAGCCAGACACUAAUAAGGGAACUGACUUGUCAUAUAAUUCCUUGCUGUCUUCUGCUGAAGUGGGCUCCGAAAAUGGCACAAAGUGGAAGAAGAGAAGGAAAGAAUGGGCCGAGGGGAAAUCUCUUGAGGUUAGCAGUGCAAACCAUAGUAAUAUUCUUGAUGAAGGCCGCCAAGUAAAGCAGGACGACGCAGAGACUGGUAAGAGGGGCAUGGAUCUGCCAGAUAGAAUUGAACAAGAUCAGAAGCCAUCCAAUGAUAAGACUAUCAAAAUUGACUCCGAGCAGUCAGCUGGUGGAGACCAGUCGGUGGAGAAGAAAAUUAAGAAGAAAAGGAAGAGUAAAACUCUGGAGGAAAAUGUGAAUGUGGAUGUACCUAUGUUGUCAACAGGAGAAAAGAACAAGACCAGCUUGGAAUCCAGGGAUAAGAAUUCAGAUUCCAAGUUAUCUCAAACAAGAACCUUUUCUAAUGGAUUAAUUAUUGAAGAGCUAGAAAUGGGUAAACUUGAUGGCAAAAUGGCUGCUCCAGGGAAAAAGGUCAAAGUCCAUUACCUUGGUAAGCUAAGGGAGAAUGGAAAAGUUAUUGACUCGAAUAUUGGCAAAGCGCCCUAUAAGUUUCGCCUAGGUGCUAAAAAAGUUAUUGACGGAUGGAAUGUUGGUCUUGAUGGUAUGCGAGUCGGUGAGAAAAGAAGACUCUUUAUCCCACCAUCAAUGGGAUAUGGAAGUCAAGGAGCUGGUGAGAAUAUACCACCAAAUUCUUGGCUGGUAUAUGAAGUUGAAUUGGUUGAUGUCCGCUGAUUCAACUGAUUCGUUGUUGCAGAUUGAACCUGAAAAAGAGCAACUAUAGAGCGAAUUAUCAUUUCUGUGCUAGAUUGGUGGGGAGGUAAUUUUAUGACAAAAUGAGCUACAGUGGUUUUUGUUUUGUUUUUUUUUUUUUUUUUUUUUUUUUUGUAUGGUGGAGUUCCGAGAUUAUCCUGAUGCUUCAUUUUGUCCCUAAACAAUGAAUGUGUGGUGAUUAUGACAAAAAUUCCAAGUUUUUUAUUUAUUUAUUUUUUAUUUUUAAAGAUAGAUUAUAGGUAUAGCUUUUUAACUGCAAGCAGUGAAAUUUCAUAGGUUUUAAGUGAAAGCAUGGAGUUAAGAGAUUAUCUCCAUGCUUCAUUUUGUCCCUAAACAAUGAACGCGUGGUGAUUAUGAUACAAGUUUCAAGUUUUUGAAGAUA